AUGGAGAUUUCCAGGAGAGCCCAGGGCUGCUUCUCCAAGGACCUGCUACUCUCAGUCUCAAUCCUGGCCCUCUGGACCCUCCAAAGCUCUCAGGCGGCCCUCCACAUCCAGAAGAUUCCAGAGCGGCCUCUAAAGAACCAGGACCUCCUCCUGUCCGUCCAGGGCAUCCCAGACACCUUCCAGGACUUCAACUGGUACCAGGGCGAGGAGACCUAUGGCAGCACAAUGCUGUUCUCCUACAUUCUAGGGUUAAAGCGGCCCCAGAGGGAUGGCAGUGCCAUGAGGCAGCGCGACAUUGUUGGCUUCUCCAAUGGCUCCAUGCUGCUGCGCCGUGCCCAGCCCAACGACAGUGGCAUCUACCAGGUGGCUGUUACCAUCAACCCCUCCUGGACCAUGAAGGCCAAGACUGAGGUCCAGGUGGCCGAAAAGGAGCAGAAACUGCCCAGUGCACACUUACCUGUGAAUAUCGGGAUCGUGGCUGCCAUCAUCAUUGGAUCUCUCACUGCUGGGGCCCUCCUCAUCGGCAGCCUUGCCUAUCUCCUGGUGACGAGAGGUUGGAAGGGCCAGAACCACGGAGUGUCCCCUCCAGGAGGCCAGAGGUCUUUGUCGGUCUUGGUCCCAGCUGUGUCCCCAGUGCCUGCAAAAGUGCCCAACACACAGAUGACCCACACAGAGAAGCCAGAGCUGAGCCCGGAUAGUAACGCUGGUGACAACAACAUCUACGAGGUGAUGCCAUCUCCGGGCCUCCUGGUGUCCCCCCUCAGUGACACGGGGCUCGUGAACUCAGCCCUGGUGAGUCCCACCUCCUCCCCUAAAGCCCCCCUCUGA